AUGGGCUCUACCGGCCAAUUUCCCCGCAUCAAAGAGAUCCGCACCUUCAUCAUUGAUGGUGUGGGAUCCGGAGGUGAUUACCACAAUGUCAAAGGAGGUCACUGGUUGAUUGACAGCAACAUCUCCACCCCUAUGACUCGCUGGGCACAAUACCGCGGCUCUCGCACAUCAUGGGGUAUCAACGUCCUGGGCUCUUUCUGCGUCGAGAUCGAAGCUACCGAUGGGACCAAGGGAUUUGCCACGGGAUUCGGCGGUCCUCCGGCUUGCUGGCUGGUUCACCAACAUUUUGAGCGCUUCUUGCUCGGUGCAGACCCCAGAGAUACCAAUGACCUGUUCGAGAAGAUGUACCGGGGAUCGAUGUUCUAUGGCAGAAAAGGUCUCCCUGUUGCCGUCAUCUCGGUGAUUGACUUGGCUAUCUGGGAUCUUCUGGGCAAGAUUCGCAACGAACCCGUCUACAAGCUCAUUGGUGGCGCUACUCGUUCGCGUCUGGACUUCUACUGCACUGGACCUCAGCCCGCUUCGGCCAAGGCCAUGGGUUUCUCUGGAGCCAAGGUCGCUCUUCCCCAUGGCCCUGACGAGGGUACAGAAGGACUGUUGAAGAACGUCGAGUACCUCCGCAAGCAGCGGGAAUCAGUCGGUCCCAACUUCCCUCUGCGUGUCGACUGCUACAUGUCCCUGAACGUUCCCUACACAAUUGAGCUUGUCAAGCGUUGUGAGGCGGAAGGAAUCAACAUUGACUGGUGGGAGGAAUGCUUGACUCCGGAUGACUUUGACGGUCAUGCACUUCUGAAGAGAGCCCACCCCACUGUCAAGUUCACCACCGGUGAGCACGAGUACUCUCGGUAUGGUUUCCGGAAGCUCGUUGAGGGCCGCAACUUGGACAUUCUGCAGCCCGACGUGAUGUGGGUUGGUGGUAUGACGGAGUUGCUCAAGGUCUCCGCCCUUGCCAGUGCCUACGACCUCCCAGUUGUUCCUCACGCAUCUGGACCUUACUCCUACCACUUUGUGGUUUCGCAACCCAACUCACCCUUCCAAGAAUACCUCGCCAACUCUGCAGAUGGACACACUGUUGAGCCCGUCUUCGGAAACCUCUUCCUCAACGAACCCAUCCCUACCAAGGGACACCUGGAUGUUUCGAUCCUGGACAAGCCGGGCUUCGGCCUCGAGCUGAACCCUGCUGCACCUCUUAUCCCAGCAGCCUCCAUUCUCACUCCUGCGCCUCAGAAGGCUCUGGCUGCCCCAGCUGAGAGCCAGCAGGAAUCUAACGGCACUGCUUAA